AUGGAUUUGUUUGCACGUGCACGGAGUGUCGUUGACCAGCGUCGUGCGACGUCGAUUAUGACGCGUCACGACAGCAAUCAGGACCAGGAACAAGACGAUGGCGAUUGCGUUAUAAGCGGUUCCGAGACUAAAGUACGCUUGAUUCUGGAUGGAAUGAAGGCGAGUACAUCUUGGGGUGAAAAGGAGCACGAGGGAGAGGAAAAACGACUGUUGGAUGAGCUGGAAACUUGCGUUUUGGACGCCAAGAGCCGCCAAGCGCUCGAAAAACUGCCGAAACGCAUGUGCGCCUAUGAAUUUAAACCUGGUGAUAUUGCUUGGAACUGUAAAGUUUGUCAGGUGGACGAAACGUGUGUCAUGUGCAACAAUUGCUUUAUUUCUAGUGAUCAUGAAGACCAUGAAGUGUUUUUCUACUAUACACAAAGUGGAGGCUGCUGUGAUUGUGGAGAUACUGAAGCCUGGGCGUCCGAAGGUUUUUGCACACGACACAAGGGAGCACAAGAUGCAGACCCGCUGAGCUUUUUGCCGCCGGAUUUGCUGGUGAAUUCACGUGAAUGUAUCGUGGAAGUGAUGAAGUUAGUACUGGAUGCAAUAAAGGAAGCUAGAUUCGGCUCGGUGAUUUAUUCGAGCGACUUGGACGUGGUGCGGGAUAAACUGGCGAGUCAGUUACCGGAUAGACGCUAUUCAGUUAUUGUGCACUAUAACGAAUUGCAAACGUCGCAAGAAUUUGCGACAGCGUUAAAUAAGGCCCACCCUGCGAUUGCUUACCAAAUGCUCAAGAUUGUCGGUGAAACAUCGUCGCAGAAGCAGAGCACUGUGCGAGCGAAGGCAUCUCGCGAAGAUGUUCUUGAACUUGCAUCAUCCUUGCACAAGCAUGGAAUUGUGGCUUCUAUUGUAUCGUGCGAAUACAAAGCAAGGGUGCCCUUGAUCAACUCGUUGCUUCAAUGGCUUGCUUCACUAGCAAAUCUUUCAGACGGGCUUUGUCGCCUGAUUUGUGAAAGGAUGUGCGCUGUGGAGAAUUUAGAGCAUACCUGUUGCAGCAUGGAAGUCGAUGAAGUAUACGAUUAUCCGAUGCUCCGGGCUGUUAUAAUGGCUGAUUCGUUCUUGCCCAAAACUGGAAGCGAUGCUCUUCACAGCCUGCUAAUGGCUCUUUUGGCCGACCCCCUUUUUAAGCAAGCAUUUGCAAUCUCGUUUACGUCGUCGUACCGCCAGCUUUAUCGAGAAUUUGCUGCGGGAGUUGGCAGCUCAACGGCCACCAUAUUAGCAUUCAGCGUGCAGUUCUUUAAUCGGGCCACCUUUGUGAAAAAACUGGUUGCCGAACAUGACCUUCUGGAAGUGCUGGUAAAUUCAGUUCUUGAGACCCUGCGCAAGAAGGAGAAAACAGAGUUCGUCGAUAUUGCGUUUGAAGAUACCUGGGAUAACAUGGUACACGUGCUGCAUCCAGAUUAUAACCGAGAACUCGAUAUAUGGGAUGUGUUUGCGAUGGGCAUCCAGCGUUCGCAGGGGCCUACACUACGAGACGUCAAUGUAAGCACCCUAGUACUCGAAGCUGAACGAGCAGGUUACCACAUUAGAUACCAAAGAGAGGUGUCGCCAUUCUUAAGUUUGCCCCCUGAAACCGAACUUACUGGACGGUUCAUGCUAGAUGUCACGUCACCAGUUUUCGUGUGCCGCCGCUACAUGUCAGGCUUGCUGGAUUUGCGAUAUGUCCUGCAAAUUGAGGGCAUUUCCGAAAGUUUUGUGCUGGACAAAGGGGGCUCGCGUCUAGCUCGCUUUUUGCUUUAUCUUGCCUUCAUUCAAGGGGCAUGCUCAGAGGUUCGACGGUUUGGAGAUCAUGUUGAGAUGGAAUCACGUGGGUGGGUUGUGACCGUGGAGUUCGUGUCAACGACUUCAGAUGUGUCUUCGUGGGUUGUAUCAAACGCUUUCAAGACUGCUGGCGGGCCUGAGGUUAUGCAUUCUCCGGAGGCGUCACAGCAUUUGAUUACAAAGCUCUUAAAAGCAAUACUGGAGGCUUUUUACUUUUGGUUAGCAUCAGCUGGCAAGUAUUUCCCUCCUCCGGAUUACCAGGUUGGCGACACUCUUCGUGCAGACCAGCUUGAGACGGCAGUGUCAUGUCACUUCCCCCUCCAGCGCACGCUAUCACAAUUGAUUCGGGCGUUAAGUGACUCUGCGAACGGUUUGGAUACCUUUCUGUCUAUGCUUCAAAGCAGUGUGUUGAAGAACGAUGAAUCGGUGUGGAUUCACGAUGUUGAUAGUCCCAUCGGGUUUUGGCAUCGGGUGCAUUUAAUCGAUCCUGUGCUACAAGCAAUUGUAUGGGAUGCUCAAGUGCAUUCUGGAUUGUGGGUGCGCAAUGGCAUGUCAGUGGUCAACCAUAGUAUGAACUACGGUGAGCCACCGUUCUGUGCUCGAUUCCGUGAUCUUGAUCUACUGUUGCUUCAGUUUAGUUUCCAGCUUUUGGGCGUCGAUUGGAUAAUGACAUCGAUCAUGCAGCGUUUUGACGCCAAAGCGUGGUAUGAAGCAGUACAAAGCUCCGACGCAAAAGAGGCAGAGCUAAUGGUGACCGAGUGUUUAGCUCUGUUAUCGCAGCUCGCGUCCGAGUUGCCACCAAAGAUGGCAGAUGGAGACGCUAUGCGUAGCCUAGUUCCGUAUCUGCGCCGAGAAAUUGUUCAGCGUCUGUGCGUUGGACCUUGUGCACACAGUGACUUAUCUAAGAUUGCAAAUGAGUUUUUCUUAAGUCGCGAAAACCUAUUUCCGGUCAAUUUCUCAGGAGGUCCGAUUCUAGAUCAAAUCUUGAAAGAGGUGUGUGUGGAGGCAGGAUUUUCAGCAUCUUCUGGCGCCGCGGAUUCACAAAAUGGAGGUAAAUUUCAGUAUCGAUUAAAGCCGGAGCUGUACGCAGAGUAUAAUCCGACUUUUGCACAUCUGACGCGAAAGCAACAUGAAUCAGCUCAUGAAAACUGGUUUCAACACCGUCUCCGCUCGUCUAAGAAACGAGAACAGGAGCAAGUAGACGGCAGUCCAAACGACACUCACUCGACUUGGCUUGAUUUCCCAAUGGUGAACAUAUUUUUACCAUGUCCGCUAGGCUUUCGACUGUCUCGCAUAUCAAUUUUGCACGAAGAUGCGCGACGACUGGUGUACGAGUCGUUGUGGCGUGCCACAACUGAUGUCCAUAGCAGCCUCAGUGUUCUUUCAAGAGCUGUGCACUUGUUCACGCUUCAGCUGUAUGUCGUGGAAGACACCCGUUACUUUCAAACGAUGAAUCCUGCCUCGGACGCAGAACACUUCGAACUCGAGCGAGCUUCUCGGAUAACAGACAACUUUAUUGAGUGGGUUUCCCAAGACCAGCCCAGACUGUACUCGGGCGCAAAUUCACGCUGCGCGAUUUUGUAUCUUCUGUUGAAGCUGAACCCUUGGUCAAGCCACGGCGGAAGUGCAAGCAUGACAAAGUUAGACGGUGACCAAAAACACGAGAUUGGCCGUGGAAUUGACUGGCUACUACAUCGGCUGUCCCGCAUUAGUCCUGAAUGCCGAAGUGUAGUGGAGCAACAUCAAGUGAACGAGCAAGAGUCGCGUGACGAAGCUGCACGCAAGUUGGCCUUGGCGCAAAGACGAAAAGAAGCACAAAUGCGGGCAAUGCAGCAGAUGCGAAUGCGACAAGCUGCCUUUGCUGAGCAAAUGAAAGCGAUGGCAAACGACACUGAGCAUGCUUCUGCUGGAGACGAUGAAUCAGGCACUGAGGGUGAACGCGAAAAGCACAUACCGAAUGCAUCUGAUGCUGCAGGUGAUGACAGUGAUGUUGAAAUGGGUGGGAGUGGUGAUAUAAUGGAUGACGAUGCGCUCGUGGUGGAGUGUGCAAUGUGCCACUCGAUGAACUCUGAAAACAGCUUUAUGUGCUACGUUGGUUUUGCCCAGUGCUCACCCGCUCUUUCUCGACUAAAUGGUGGCUCGCAUGAUCAGUUUCUAAGUACACCUAUGGACGAGAUGCACGUCGGUGAAGACAUACCUGUGCACGUGCGUCUGUGUGGCCAUUCCGUGCACCAGAAGUGCUGGGAAUCAUAUCAUACCUCCCAGUUCCAACGUGCAAUAACUGGUGGGCAUCAUCGGCAUGCGUUGAAUGCUGUUGACGUCACAAAGAAGGAGUUUUUGUGCCCACUAUGCAAAUCAAUCUCGAACGUGCUGAUCCCGACAACAACGGACCAAGAAAGCAAAUUUCUUCCAACUAUGAAGCGCAGGGUAUCGAUCGGCGGGACUGAAGAGAUAUCCAUGGCUACUGUAACACAGUUGGAAAUGGUUCGCUGGCUGGAGCAUGCCGUUAGGACUAAGGAGGAGCAUGUUGCUACAGACGCUGGUGUUGAUGGGUCAACAGAUAUUAACAAAGAAGCGAAUGCGGCACUGUCGGAACAAAAGCUCGAUUCAGCUUCUAUUUUGUCAAGUAGUGAGAAUCCUGAGGAAAUGCAGCACAUGAUUAAGUGGUUAGAUGACGGUCUGUCGUCACUCUGCAUGGCAGUCCACAAGGUAGCGUGUGGUGCCAUGCAAAAGUCCCAGCCGGAACGAUACACUACCUCUGGUUGCAACGCACUGUUUCACACAUUGCUUUGCUCUUUUCUUGAUGCGCAUGACUCGGAUCAGUUGCGAGAGCACCUCUUUCUGGGAGCCAUGCGUUUCUUACCGCUGAUGCUAAGACAUGUCAGCACACGCUUUCUUACGAAUCCUUCCACGACACCAACUGAUUUGUACGAGAAAAUUCUUCACUUACUAUAUUAUGGAGGGUCGGAUAUUCUUUCUGAUGGAACCGUGUUGCUUGAGAGCGAGCAUCCAAGCACACAGACACAAACGCGAAAGCAGAGCCAGUGGGGCAAGGUACGAUGGCCUCAGAAACCACUGUUGCUUAAUCAUUUGGGUAGCGUGCUGAUGAAGGGUCUACUUUUCGCGAAAAGUGAAGAAGAUGCGGUAUAUAUCGCUCGGCUUGUGGUGCUUGCACGCCUAGUGCAAACGUUGCUGUGGUAUGCCAUCACGCGGACAGAGGAGUUCACUAAUGCGAUGGCCGACGAUCUCGCGUUUUCGGAGGAAAACGUAUCGCUUUUCACUGCCUGCUUUUCUGCGAAUACUGCUACUGCUAUUGAAGGUCACUAUACAAAUGUAGAGGACGCUGUGGGGCAUGAAUUGGAGCUACUUCUGGAAGCACUUGUGAAUAGGUGUGACGGUGCUUUCGACGUGGAGCCUGUUGCAAAUAGGCGGCAGCUUCUGAAUGUCGUUGCAUGUGAAGUUGUACCUCUUGCCAAGGUGGCUACAUUCAUGAUUCGGUCCUUGACAACGCAAGCUACGCCACACCAUCGUUAUGGCUCGACAGCGGCUUCGAAGCCAAUAUUUAUUACGCAAGAAGACGUCCUCACCGUCGGGUUUGUAAAGUUGAACGCUCUACAGCUCCACGAAUCAACAGACAAUAAAGAGCGGGCAGUUCUCGCUCAGCUCGUAUUUGGGUGGGUACAUCGUUUCAAGGCUGCAUACGAAGAAAUGAACGACCCACACGAUGUUCUUCAGCAGUGGCUCACGACUGCCAAUGUGGAUCGCACCCAGAAGCUGAUGUUACCGUCAGUGCUGAGCCGGGACCUGCAUACUAUGCACUCGACCAUUUCGGUGUUUAGUUCGGGUUCAAAUCGUACCCGGUAUCUCCGCUCGUUGCCUCGACCGUACGUGAAGUUUUACUCGGAGCUGGCAAAGCGCAAAUGUCAUGCGUGUCACCAGUUCCCCGCGCGACCUGCUGUCUGUCUUUUGUGUGGAAUGCUGCUUUGUGCUGCUAACACAUGUCCAUCAAUUCAUCUGGACAAGGGUGGGUACCCGGACGAGGCCAACCCAGAGGGCGCCGUGCUGCUGGUAUACUGGAAAUUGGCAGCUUAUGUGGGAAGCCUUUACGUGGACGAGUACGGCGAAGAAUUUGGCGAACGUAAUCGAGAGCUCAGCAAAGGGCGUCCGUUAUAUUUGAAUGAGGAGCGGCGUGAGCGGCUCUUGCGACUGUGGUUACGCCACGAGAUUCCUAACGAGGUUGUCAAGAUUCAAAAUAGCUCGGAGCGUGUUAUUCGCAAUAGUCACUACUAG